AUGGCCCGACCACUGAGAUCGCUCAUCACUGUUGCCCAGUCUUCAAUCGCUGGUCCAUCAUCUCUUCGACCAUCGACAUCUACUUUGAGAGUAUCACCACUCCAGAGUCAAGUAAGGACGGCAUUCAACCUUUCAGGAUGGGACAAAUAUCUACCUAAAUUACCAAGACUGUUGAAAGAAGAAGAACCAGUUUCAACUACGUCUUCAGGAAAUGAAGGAGGAGUGGUGAACACGACGACGAAUGAAGGAAAGACAGAUCAGAAACAAGGUGAAAUAGAAGGUUCAACAGGCGGUCUAUUCGAUGAAUAUUCCAAAGAAGAUGAAGGUGAACAAAUCGAUAGGAAAAGGAGAAAGAGAGGUGACCAACCUUGGACUGAGCAUCGAUAUUCAUCAGCAUUACAUAAGAUAUCGCAUCGAAAACUAAAUGAUCUAUCAAGACAAAUAUCAGAUUUACCAAUUGAUGAAGCUAUUGUUCAAAUGCAAUUCUCAGAUAAAAGAGCGAGUAAAUGGAUUAAAUCUACUUUGGCUUUAGCUAGAGAUCAUGCUAUUGAUAAAAAUUUAGAUAGAUCAAAAUUGGUCGUUGCCGAAACAUGGGUAUCGAAAGGACAAAAAAUCUCAAGGUUGGAUAUCAAAGGACGUGGUAAAUACGGUAUCAAGCAUCAUCCAUCUUCGAAAAUUCAUGUCGUCUUGAGAGAAGGUAAAACUCAUCAAGAGAAAUAUCAAGAGAAAUUCGAGAAAGAUCUGAGAAAAGUAAGGAGUGCAGGUUUAGUUAGAGAAGAUGGUGUUAUCAGAAGGAAAGUAGUUAGUGGUUGGACUUGGUAG